GGGGCUUGUUGUCAACCGGAGACUUAGUUAUUCAAAAUAAAUACUUCUUGAUAUUCGUUUGAGAAAAUAAAAAGCAACUUCUACUUCUCCAAGCUUUGAUUCAAACACCCUCAGAAUGUCAGACACAAAGAUUUAUCAAGCCAGUACAACGGCUCCAGUUAAUAUCGCAGUCGUUAAAUACUGGGGAAAACGCGACGCAAAACUGAACCUUCCAACUAACUCCUCCAUCUCUGUAACACUCUCGCAAGAUGAUCUCCGUACCCAUACCACCGCUACCUGCUCCUCCACCUUCACCGAGGAUUCGCUUCUCCUCAAUGGCUCUUCCCAAGAUAUUUCCAACGCCCGUACUCAAGCCUGUUUCCGUGAUCUUCGCUCCCUACGUUCCGCACUCGAAGAUUCCGAUUCCUCGCUCCCAAAACUCUCAUCCUACCCCUUGAGAAUCAUCUCGGAGAACAACUUCCCCACAGCUGCAGGUCUCGCUUCAUCCGCUGCUGGUUUCGCAGCUCUCGUUAGAGCUAUCGCCAACUUGUACGAGCUACAGUCCAAUCCUACCGAACUCUCGAAAAUCGCAAGGCAGGGAAGUGGUUCUGCUUGCCGUUCUUUGUUUGGAGGUUAUGUGGCUUGGGAAAUGGGCCAGAAGGAAGAUGGAUCUGAUUCCGUUGCUGUGGAAGUAGCACCUGCUUCUCACUGGCCUACCAUGCGCGCUCUCAUUCUUGUUGUGUCUGCGGAGAAGAAGGGAGUUUCUAGUACCUCUGGUAUGCAAAUUACAGUCGCGACAUCGAAACUUUUCAAACAGAGAGCAGAGAAUGUGGUUCCAGAACAUAUGAAAGAAAUGGAACGGGCGAUUAAGGAGAAAGAUUUCGAGGGAUUCGCAAAGGUUACUAUGAUGGAAAGUAAUAGUUUCCAUGCAACAUGUUUGGAUACUUUCCCACCCAUUUUCUAUUUGAAUGAUGUUAGCAGAGCAGCAAUCAGAGCUGUAGAGGAUAUCAAUAAUGCUGCUGGAAAGACGGUUGCGGCAUAUACUUUUGAUGCUGGCCCAAACGCUGUUAUCUAUUUCGAGGAAGAGAACCUUGGAUUAGUAGCUGGUGCGUUGAAGAGUGUCCUCGGAGGCGUGGAUGGAUGGAAUGGAAAGGAUGUCGAGAGUAAAAGUGCAGAACACAUUGAUGAGAGAGCACAGAAGGUUCUUAAGGAUGGCGUUAGCAGAGUAAUUUUGACCGGUGUUGGUGGAGGACCCGAGAAGACUGAGAAGCAUUUGAGCGCUUAAUUUAGAGAAAGUUAGUUGAUUAUAUUGGAAUUGGUGGAAAUACCAAGCAACGGCGAACAUAAGAGCUAGCGAGUGCAUUUGUAGAUAUCCUUGCAGCUAGCAAAUACAUUUGAAACGCUAUCACGAACAAGUUUUUAACUUCUAUUACCUUGAUAGAUUUUUGCAAAGUUCAAGAAAAUACUGGUAGUAGUAAUAGUCAAGGAAGAAGCUAGAUUGAAACCUCCUUUGCAAGCGAGGUCUGACCUUACAUGACGCAAUCCUAACUUUUGAGAUACUGCA